UGUUUACGUUUGAAAGCAAAUUCUACCAAAAUAGAGGCAACUCAUGCGAUUUAAAAUCUAAACUAAAGUUUUUGUAACAAUAAACUACUUAAUUUCAAGAUGUCCACAUUCAUCAAACGCAACGUUAAAAAUAAGUUUGCCCGGAAACGCAAGCAAUCUUCCGACUCGGAUGAAGCCGAAGCGGAAUCGUCUUCGGUUGUGGUCAACCACGAGCGCAAGAAAAAGUCCAACCCAAACGUCCAGAGCACCUCCUCGCUGAAGGCCAAUCUCAAAUCGAAGAAGGAGAACAACUCCUCCGGAAGUGACUCCGACGAAGAGGGUGCCGGAAGUUCGUCAAUCGGCGUGAGCUAUAAAUCGAAUCGCUGUGCUGGCCGGGCCGGGCCGCAAGAUCAGGGUGCCACCGCCGAGCUGGAGAUUGAAACCGACAAAGCUCACGAUGCGCAAGCGAUUUACGAGAAAAGUUUGGAAGUGAACCGCGAGCUGGAGGGAAAGGAGGACGACAAGCUGUACCGGGGGUUGAACAAUUACACGCAGUUCUACAAGAAGAAGGACACCGCGCAGGGUAAUGCCGCGUCCGGUAUGGUGCGGAAGGGACCGAUCCGGGCGCCGGCCAACAUCCGCUCGACCGUUCGGUGGGACUACCAGCCGGACAUUUGCAAGGAUUACAAAGAGACGGGAUACUGCGGGUUCGGCGACAGCUGUAAGUUUUUGCACGACCGCAGCGACUACAAGCACGGCUGGCAGAUGGAGCAGGAAACGUCAGGGACGGGUGGAACCUACGCCGGGGACGAUUCGGACGGGGACGACACCAAGUACGAGAUUCACUCGGAUGACGAGGAGCUGCCGUUCAAGUGUUACAUCUGCCGGGAGAGCUUCGUGGAUCCGAUUGUGACCAAAUGCAAGCACUACUUUUGCGAAAAAUGUGCACUGGCAAAUUACAAAAAGUCGACGCGUUGUGCGAUUUGUGGAGUUCAGACAAACGGAAUGUUCAACCCAGCGAAGGAACUUAUCGCUCGGUUGAAGACAAGAGAGAUCAAUGAGGAAAACGGUUCGGACAGUGAUUAAAAGUUGAAUGCGCUAAUAAAAGAUAUUAAAUUGA